CCGAAAAAGUUGCCAAAUUCCCUUGAGUAUUUUGCCUCUCCACAAGAUCCCCACAAUAAAGACUUCAAAAAAAGACAAACAUUACUAAACAGAAAACACUCACAAUAACACAGAUAAACUGUAGAACAUAAAAAGGUAGAAAAACACAAAAAAAAAUGUUUAAGAAAAAGAUUACAAAUACGGAUUAUGGUGAAAAGGAUCAGGGGGACGAGGAUGACGACAAGGUUGAGGUUGUUCGUUUCAGUGCUGUGGAAGAUGACAUCGACCCAUGGGAGAUUCCUUUCCCCUUGCCGGAGCACAAGGACCCGUCCAUGUGUCGUGAUGAGUUUCUCAGCACCUUCAUAGAGGAGCACGAGUGGCGGGCGGAAUCCAUAAAGCCCAGAUCGACAAUUAGGGCCAUGUCGGUGGUCCAGCAGCUGGAGGAGUCCAAGGACCCGGAGUUGGAAAAGGGAGCCGAGGCUAUGGUGGUAUUGCAGUUGGCCAGACAGCGCCAGAAGGGGAACAUCAGAAAGACCGUGGAGCAGUUCUUGGAGGGCAUAAGGAUGCGGUCCACCCUGCUGGCGGAGCUGAAUUUGGAAAUUCAGAAGGCAGCCAUCGAGUUUUUGUCAGUGCGUCUGCUCAAGCAACUGCGCCUCUUCUCGAGUCCCUGGCCUGGAGAGCUGGAGGAGAUCCCCUACCACCUUUUCAGCUGGUCGUUGAAGGACUUUUUGAUGCGCCUGGACAUAAAGCAGAUCUAUCUUGACGUUAUUAAUAGGGAGCGGAGCGCAGAGGAUCUCGACUGCCUUAAGUUCUGCAAGGAUCUGAGUGAAAUCGAACUCCUUAUAUAUGAAAUCCGACAGGACUAUCGCGACGAUAAGGAUCUUUGCAAAAAUAGCCUUAAGUUGUUGCGGAAUGCCCAAUAUAACAAAAAUGCGCCAUGGGUCAAGACCCUUCAAAGUAAUCUCAAAACCAUGGAACAUGAAAAGUUUGACUCCAUGUUUUUUAAGAAAAGCAGCUCCUAUAAGAUGAUAUUUCGUCACACAUCGGUAAUGGACGACUUCGAGAGCGCCUCGGCUUUGGAUCCCAUCGAGAUGCGUUAUCAAAUCAAUUGGAUAAGAAGCCUUACGGAGCAGCGACUGAUGCGGAUAAAUGGACGGGAGGAGUUGAUGAGAGACGGACUAAAGGAUCUGAAGGAACUUAUUUUGGAGGACGAAUCAGUGCAGUACUCCUCGGAGCUCAUGUAUUCCUUGGAAUUGGGCAAGCUGAGGGCGAGCAUCAGGGAGUGGCAGGAUCGACAAGACACCGAUCUGGAGAAAGCCGAAGUCCUGUGUACGGUAUCAAAGCUGGCUCUUCAAAAGUUAAAGGACGAUCUCAAGUUCUACAUGGAGCAGAAGGAAUUGUACGUACAACGGUUAGAAGAGGUGCAAGCCAUUAUAGCCCUCGAGGAACAGAGGGAAAAGGCCGCUAAUGAAAGCCGAUUGUCGAGGAAGUCUGAGAGAAAGUCUGUUAGAAAGUCUUUGAGGAAGUCUGAGAUAAAGUCAGAGAGAAAGUCGGAGAGAAACUCAGAUAGAAAGUCCGAAAGAAAGUCCGAGAGAAAAUCUGAAAGGAAAUCCAGAAAUUCAAAAGCGCAAUAGCAUAUCUCCUGAUUUGGAUCAUUUUCCUUUAUAUGUUUGCAAUUUACCAAAGAUAAAAUUAAAAAUUUGUUAAGCUUG